GCACCGGAGACUCCGGCUCAGCAAAAGCAGGCGAUAAAUGAAGCGCAGGAGGAGCGCAGGAGUUCAUUGCUGGUUCGGCGGCGCUGGGACAGCCGUGCCCUGCUCUGACACCUGUGGCCACCACGGGUCUCCUUCCCUGCCGGGACCUGCGUGCGCCCCGCAGCCUUCCCAAGGACCAGCCUCACAUGGAGCAGGGACAGCCCAACACGCACAACUGCACUGACAGAAAUUCACAUGAUGGCAUUGUACUGCUUCACAUGGUUCUCUACAUCCCAGCGUUCACUCUGGGGAUCCCACUGAAUGCAAUUGCCUUCUGGGUCUUCUGCAGCAAAAUCAAGAGGUGGACAGAGACCAAGGUGUACAUGAUCAACCUCAUCGUGGCAGACAGUUUCCUGAUCUUCACCCUGCCUUUCCUGCUGUAUUUUACCAAGUACAAACAUCCUGUAGAUGGGCUGUGUUUAACCAUACAAAACAUCUAUUUUACAAACAUGCCUAUGAGCAUCCUCAUCAUCACCCUGAUUGCGAUUGAUCGAUACAUUGCAAUCAAGUUCCCUCUAAAAGCAAAGAUUCUUCGGUCCCCAUGGAAAUCAGCUUCUGUCUGUGGCUUGCUUUGGAUAACACUGAUACUUUUUUCCAGUUUGUAUCGCGCACUUUACAGUAAGCGGGUAGGUUGUUGCUUUCAGAAAGAAUCUCUUCAACCCAGGUAUUCUUCUGUAUUCUUCAGUAUUGGUGGUUUUUUUCUUCCCUUAGGGAUUGUGACUUUUUGCUCACUACAAGUCAUCAAAUGUCUAAAAGAGAAGAUGGCCACAAGCCCUCAUGAGACAAAAUUAUUCCAGAAGGCUGUGCAUAUUGUUUCAGUGAAUUUGUGUGUGUUUGUUGUCUGUUUCUUACCUUUUCACAUCUCACUGCUCUUGCGAUUUGCAGUGGAAGCUGCUGGAGCUCAUUCUCUGAUGCCAGGAGUUUUAACCUUUAUUAAGGUCUCUUCAUCCUUAGCAAAUUGUAACUGCUGUCUGGAUGCAUUUUGCUAUUAUUUCGCAGCCAAGGAAUUUCCAGAGUUUUCUUCUAUGUUCCCCAAGUGUGUAUUCAUGAGGUCCAAGAUGAACCCAAGCGAGGAGUCACAGCCAUCCAUGGACGAAGUGAUGGCAUAAACAAGGUGUGGUGCAUAGCAGGUGUUGAGUGCCACAAUGCUGCUCGAGUUUGGGGCACAGGGAAUGGAACCACCUACAGUGUUUGCAAUCAUUGUAUGU